GAAUAAUCAAACUUGGGAAAUGGAAUCCUCUUCCCUUAACUUAUAUGACAGAUGCACCUGAUGCAACAGUGGCUGACAUGUUACAAGACGUCUACCAUGUUGUGACACUGAAAAUUCAAUUACAGAGUUGUUCAAAGCUAGAAGAUUUGCCAGCAGAACAGUGGAACCAUGCCACAGUCCGCAAUGCCUUAAAGGAAUUGCUCAAAGAGAUGAAUCAGAGCACAUUAGCCAAAGAAUGCCCUCUCUCCCAGAGUAUGAUAUCAUCCAUUGUAAAUAGCACGUAUUAUGCAAAUGUGUCAGCUACUAAGUGCCAGGAAUUUGGAAGAUGGUAUAAAAAGUACAAGAAAAUUAAAGUGGAACGAGUUGAAAGAGACAACCUGUCAGAAUAUUGUGUUCUUGGUCAACGUCCCAUGCACUUACCGAAUAUCAACCAGCUGGCAACUUUGGGCAAAACUAAUGAACAAUCUCCUCAUGGUCAAAUUCACCACAGUACUCCAAUCAGAAACCAAGUGCCAACGUUACAGCCAAUCAUGAGCCCUGGUCUUCUUACGCCUCAACUCAGCCCACAGCUUGUAAGGCAGCAAAUAGCAAUGGCCCAUUUGAUAAAUCAACAGAUUGCAGUAAGUCGGCUCCUGGCUCAUCAGCAUCCACAGGCAAUUAAUCAACAGUUUCUAAAUCAUCCACCUAUCCCUAGAACAGUCAAACCAGAACCAACAAAUUCAUCAGUGGAAGUAUCUCCAGAUAUCUACCAGCAAGUCAGGGAUGAGCUGAAAAGGGCCAGUGUCUCCCAGGCGGUCUUUGCAAGAGUGGCUUUCAAUCGCACGCAGGGAUUGCUAUCAGAGAUACUGCGUAAAGAAGAAGACCCUAGAACAGCUUCGCAAUCCCUCCUGGUAAAUCUGAGGGCAAUGCAGAAUUUCCUCAACCUACCUGAGACAGAGCGAGAUCGUAUAUAUCAGGAUGAGAGAGAGAGGAGUAUGAACCCCAAUGUGAGCAUGGUGUCUUCAGCUGCCAGCAGUCCAAGUUCCUCCAGAACCCCCCAGUGCCAUAAUAAAGAAGAUUCUGCUUCUUCGGGCCACAAAUCAUGGUGGAAUAAUUCAGAGCUUCUCCAAAUUGACCAGAGAACACAGGCCAAAACCUCAACACCGACAACAGACCUCCCCAUUAAGGUGGACGGAGCCAACAUCAACAUCACAGCUGCCAUUUAUGACGAGAUCCAACAGGAGAUGAAAAGGGCCAAGGUGUCACAGGCUCUGUUCGCCAAAGUAGCUGCCAACAAAAGCCAGGGUUGGCUGUGUGAGUUGUUGCGUUGGAAAGAAAACCCAAGCCCUGAAAAUCGAACACUUUGGGAAAAUCUGUGCACCAUUCGGCGAUUCUUGAAUCUUCCCCAACAUGAGAGGGAUCUCAUCUAUGAAGAAGAAUCUCGGCAUCAUCACAGCGAACGUAUGCAGCAUGUUGUCCAGCUUACUCCUGAGCCUGUACAGGUGCUUCAUAGACAGCAAUCUCAACCAGCAAAGGAAAACUCCCCACCAAGAGAAGAGGCUCCACCCCCAUCUGCAGAAGAUGCAUCUACAAAAAAGCCAAGAUCCCGUACUAAGAUUUCAUUAGAGGCUUUGGGUAUCCUUCAGAGUUUCAUCCAUGACGUUGGCCUUUAUCCAGACCAGGAGGCCAUCCACACUUUGUCUGCCCAGUUGGAUCUGCCCAAGCACACCAUCAUCAAAUUCUUCCAGAACCAGCGUUACCACGUAAAGCAUCAUGGGAAACUAAAAGAGCAUUUGGGCACCGUGGUGGAUGUGGCAGAGUAUAAAGAUGAGGAGCUGCUGACUGAGUCAGAGGAGAAUGACAGUGAGGAGGGUUCCGAGGAAAUGUACAAAGUGGAAACUGAAGAAGAGAAUUCAGAAAAAAACAAAGCAACUACUUCAGAGACUGAGCAGAGAUAAUGUGAAAAUAUCACAGGCAAAGCAAUACAUGGUUCCAAUAUUUUUUUUUUUUUUGCUUCUUUCAGAAAAAAAAAAAGUGUUUUGGAAUUUUCCAGUGUGCAAAGAAUAUGUGCAAAUUGAACAAUUAUUUUGCAUAGCUCAAUCAGACAUUCCCUUGUAACAGGCACUUGAGUGUUACACUUUUUAUGUUUUAUUGAGACAGUUAAUUGUAAUUCACAUAGGAUUACAUCAUUAUUAAUCUUGCACUUAAGAAAGGAUCCUCUAGUAAGCAAGUUACAGGAAGAAACAACUUAUGAAGGAAACAAUAACAGUGUGCAGAUGUGUGGUGUGUAUAUAAUAUGCACCAUAUGUAAGUGGAUUAUAUAUAUAUAAUCCACUUACAUACAUACGUACAUACAUACAUACACACACACAUACAUAUAUAUAUAUACAUAUAUAUGAAAUCUGCAUGGGAUGUAACUAAACUUUACAAUCAGAAAGUAUAGACUGUGAAAUCAGCUCGUUAAAAGAUGAGUCUUGUUUAUAUAAACCACUUCACAAUGAGUCGCUUUGGCUUUUAGAUAAAUUGCUGCCUGCUCUCAGGGUGUGGUUACUGUUUUGAAUAUCUAUUUAUUUUCUAUGUUUAUCCCUGAUUUUUUAAAUUAUUAGUAUGGCUUCCACUUUGGCAGCUUGAGGGGUAAUUUUUUGAGGUAUGCAUUUAAAAAAAAAAAAAUCCUAAAUCAACACUGCCAGAAAUAAUAAAACAGGGAGUGAGAAGAUGAGGGACAAAAUCAGGGCACCUUAAAAAUAAUUUUAAGCCAAGUAACUUCUAAACAAACUUUAGUACACAAUGCACAUUUAAAUUCACAGAGCAUGUUUUGUUCUAUAUUAUUUCUGUAGCAAACAGAUGGGUUUUCAUGGACUUUUCAGUGAAAGUUCGAUGCACAGUAGACUUGUCUCUUAAUGAAGUCUUCAUGAGCAGUUGCUUUACAAGAUUUAUUGUGUGGAUUUUUAUAUUGAGCCACAGUUUAUAGUGGUAUUGUUUUUCGAAUGCGCAAAUCAUCUACAUUGUUGUUGCACCACUUUUUAUUAAUUUCAGUGAGACUUGUGCAGCUGCAGUUCCUCCCUUGCUCCUUUAGUUUUUUGUCUGAUAUUGAUGUUAGGAAAAUUGUUGUUUAUAUAUGUUGAUGUUGCUUUUCAACAAAGUUUUUAUGAAUGAUUCUUUUUUUUAAAAAAAAAAAAAGCGAAUCACCGUUAUUUUGGGCACGUUUGACAUUAUUAGUCAGUCAGAGUCUGUUAGUUCUCCAGCGCUGAAUUUCCUUUCGUACCUCCUUUCGUUUUUGUUUUAUUAUGGCUGUACGACAUUUGGAGCUUUGCGUAUAAGGCUCAUUAUCUCAGUAAGGCAAAACUUUCAGCCAGCAGUCUCCCAAGGUAUGCUUUUCAUGUAGUGCGUGGCAAAGUUUGUGGGAACAAAUGUUCUAAACUUGCUGCACUUCUAGGCAGUGAGAAAAAAGGCCAGCAGUUUUUCAGUUUUCAGUCACUUCCUUGACUCCUUAACUGAAACCUUUUCCCAGUGACCUAGCAUAGCAAUUCCAUUACAUAAAGCAGAACUAAUGCUGACUGACUCUUCAAUAGUAUAAGCAUUAAAGCUGCAAUCUACUAUAGUUUCCAACCAAUUUUUUGAAGCCAUGGUUCUGAUACGAGCAGUCUUCAGUUCCUUGUCCACAUUCUAUUUUUGAAAGGGUAGUAUGACUUUCUAAGGGGUCUAGGUGGCUUUGCAGGCUUCUAACUUCCUUCUUGACAUGUGCUUUGUAACUUUUAACAAAGACCUCAUGCAAUAUCACUUGGAAAGCUAUUUUAUGUUCUUGCACAGGCAUUGUAAUAUAUAACUGUUAAUACUAUUUAUAUAUUUGAAAGGUAUAAAAGACAGUCAUUCAAACGAACCUCUGUAUAGAUAUUACUCAAAGCAUUAACAAUGUAACAGGGAGAUGACGACAUGUUGCAAUACAAGCUAAUUUUAGCUGCUCAGUAACCUCUAAAAGUUUCUAAAGGGGCUUCUCCAAAAUCAGUAUUUGACAU